AUGGCUCACUACUUGCUACUUCUCCAUUUAGCAAUUAUCUUGAUCCAAUGUUCACAAAGUCUUGCAGCACAGGUAAACCUGGGCCCGCGAAGAUGCCAUGAAGACUUAAAAGAAAAGACUGCUAUGUGUGGUAAAAUGGGUUUUAAUUCUGUUCCUCAACAUCUUCCAGAUGGCAUCGAGGUUCUACAAUUGGAAUACAACAACAUCUCUUCUCUACUGAAUUCUUCAUUUACAAGAUAUCCUCUCAUUGCCAAACUGGAUCUUUCCAGUAACGACCUUAGGGUGAUAGAAACUGCAGCUUUCCAUCCUCUGAAUAAUCUAACGCGACUGAUCCUUUGUGGGAACCUUAACCUUUUGCUUCAAGGUACAGGUAUCUUCAAAUACACAAAGAAGCUUUCGUACUUCGAUAUGUCCGACUCACUUUUGGGAUCGAUUCCCUAUGAUAUGUUGGCAUGGAGUCCAUCUGUUGAUACUUUGAAUCUUGAGUCUAAUCUGCUUACAUUUAUAAACAUGAGCUUGUGUGGAAGGGCAAAGACCGUCGAUCUGACAGAUAACAAGAUAAUAAGAUUAACAUCAAAUACUUUCAAUUUCUCCUGCAACACUGAUACUUUGAAUCUAUCUUGGAACCCCAUCAGAUCAGUGGAUCCAAAAGUUAUUGCGUCCCUUCAUGUGAAAUCUUUAAGAUUUCAAACUGAUGUUAUGACUACACAAACACUACAUCUUCUGGAACAUUUAGAGAUGAUGAAUGCGGAUUUUUUUAAUGACGACCUUUGGGACCAAGGCAUGAAUACAUCUCUUUUCGACGGUAUGUUCAACCUCAAAACUUUGGAUCUGAGCAAAAGUCACCUAUCGAAUUUGCAUGGUGGUGAUAAUCUGCCGCCCGAAGUUUUGCGACAGCUCUCCGUUUUACAAAACCUCUCUCUGGAAGACUGUGAUCUGUCAGACCUUCAUCCGGAAGCUUUCUCAGGAUUGAAAUCACUUCAGGUACUUAUACUAAGAAACAACAACCUAGAAAAGCUAUCGGCUGUUCUUUUCAAGCAAUUACUUAAUAUAACAAUCAUUGACCUCAGUGAUAACCUUCUGACGGACCUUGAUCGAGGGAUAUUUUCCAGCAACCGAGGACUAAAAACACUUCUUCUUUCAAAUAACAAAUUAAGGCAUCUCGACCAAAGUGCCUUUAAACCGAUAAAAACUUCUCUUUUAUCAAUUGAUAUAUCAACUAACCCGAUAAAUUGUAACUGUGAUCUAAGCUGGCUCAUGGACUGGCUAAGUGGAUCACUUAUCCUCCAAAAUACCAAUAAAACUAUUUGCGCAUCGGAUUCUUUUGAGCCUCUACAGGGCCAGCACUUGAUCGAAUUUGAUCCUAAAGAGUUUUGUAACAUCGACAUCGUCCUCAUCUGCCUUCCUUCCCUGGCAAUCAUCUGCCUAAUUUUGAUCAUUGGACUCAUGUAUCACAACCGUUGGCAGUUAAGGUACAAAUUGUUUCUUGUGAAACUAGCAGCCAUCGGCUACAAGGAGAUGCGAGAUGCUCGGGACCAUAAUGACUAUGAGUUUGAUCUGAAUGUCAUCUUUUAUGAUGAUGACGAAGACUGGACCCGCGGACAUCUCCGACCGGCUGUCGCAGAACGGCUUCCGCAGUUUCAGAGGAAUGUCUUUGGCGAUGAUGAACUCGUGCUGGGAAUGUAUUACUUAGACGCAGUCGACUACGUGGUGAGCCACAGUUACAAGACUGUCGUUAUCCUCAGCAGAGCUGCAGUUCGUGAUCGGUGGUUUAUACUUAAAUUCCGUACAGCUAUGGACCAUGUAAGUGAUACCCGAACAGAAUUCGUAGUGGUGGUCUUCCGUGAGGACAUCCCAGAUGAUGAGAUGCCAUUCUUGGUGAGGUUGUUCCUCAGCGAUGGCAGACCUUAUAUUUACUGGACAGAGGAUGUGAGAGGACAGGAGUAUUUCUUCGAAGAAUUGACCAAACAUCUUACCAUUAAUCUUCGCACCAAUGAUAGGCUACCUGUCGAAUAG